CGAGCUGCUGUUCUAGUUCAGAUGAAUCUGUUUACAGACGUCUGGUCUAAGACGUAUUAGGAAGGGUAAUUAUGCAUUUACCACAUGGUGGUGUGGCACUGUCGCCUCACAGCGAGAAUAUCCUCGUUUCAAACUUUCCCUGCACCUUUCGUGAAAGUUCAACUGUGUGAACGGGAGAGUGAAUGAUCUCUCGACAUCAGUCCGCAUCCGCAUCCAAACUAGGCCUACGGUGAAUUCCAGAGCCUGGGUGCCUUUGAGGAAUCUGGGGUGGAUAGAUGGAGGACUUCCUUGUAGUAGCAGGGCGGAGGCCUGUUUAACUUCCCGGUAGGCAGCUGGUACAUUGACUGAACACCGAACACUGACUGGACUCCCAUUAAGGAGCAAAAGGGCCAGAAACCAAGCAGACGAAGCACAGGGGACGGAUUGCCAAGAUUGGGGGAAGUGAUAGACGGCGUCUAUUACCCAGUUCAGAAUGCUUUACACUGAGUUACUGCGGCUGUGGCAUGAAGCUGUGCAGGCGGUGGAUGCCAAAGACUGGCAGGGAGCUCUGUCCAAACUGGAGCAGAUCAGCGAACCAACGUCUUGCACUCUGUUCAAUGCUGCCUCUGCUCACCUGGUUCUGGGACAGCUGGACCUGGCCUUGAAGGCUUUAGACCUCACCCUUGCCAAGGAUGAACGGCUCGCUGUUGGAUUCUUUCAAAGAGCAGCAGUGAUGAUGCAGAUUGACCGGCUGGAGGAGGCUCUGUCAGACUGUAUCUGGGCACAGAAGCAUAUGAGAGGAAACCUGGUCAUCGAUUACAGACAGCUGGGACUGCGAUUCAAACUUCACAGCUGGCAGGUGUUAUAUAAUGCGGCAGCUGUGUACUGUCGAAUGGGCCAGUGGGAGCAGGCCAGGGAGACCCUGCUGUCAGCUUCCCAGGAAAAAGGAGGAGGUCGAGGGGGAACCACUGAGGUGGCUUUGAACAGCGUCCUGAAGGAGGAGAUCCUUGCUCCUCUUUUGGUGCCUGAGGAUGUGGUGUUUCGGCCCAGGAAACAGGACGUGGAGCAGCUGCAGCAAAGGGACUUCCUGGGCAAAGCAAAGGUAAUUUCUUCUGUGAUUCCCAAUGACGACUUUGGAGGUUUUGAACCUCUGAGGCUGCAGAAACCUGGUUUCUAUGAGCCCAAGGUAGAUGGAACUCAGGAUUCUCUCUACAUGCGCGUGCGGAUCCCUUACAUGGCUCGGGGCCCGGGACAACUGACUGUGCCUGGAGGGGCCAUGGUAUUUUUAUUUGGCGAAGAGAGGAGGGACGGGAUGGCAUCUGUUAUAUAUGAUGGAACGAGGGGACUUCUUCCAAUGUCCCUGCUUGAUCCUGCAGAUGUAAAGAUUUCCAAAGGCAAAAGGGAGAAUAAAGUUCCCAGUGGGAUCCCUCUCCCACCUGGACUCAAGCCACCCACUCGACCACAGGCCCAGGCUAGCCCUGCAGCUCCUCCACGAGUACGUUUUACCUCAGACACCCCACCUCCAUCCUACACAACUGCCACCCACGCACCACUGCCAGCUUCAGAGCCUCCUGGGUACACGGUUAACACGGCAAACGAGCAGCAUGUGGUUGCGCCUCAAGGACCAGAGACCAGCUCUGUGGUGCUGAAGGUCCACUACACGUACACCGUGACUCUGUCGGUCUCUUUGGACACACCCUUCCAAGAAGUCAAGAAAUGUAUUGCACAGAAAUUGGGCCAGCCAGCACAUCAACUGCGCCUCAGACAUAAGCAGCAUGGCUCUAGAGUGCUGACACCUCUAUGUGAGGAGGCAGAGCCAGGCCGCACUAUGCAAGAGGUGGCAGAGGCUGGCAGAGCCACCCUGUGGUGCCAGACUGAAGAUCCACUUGACAACCGUACCAUCCUCUACCAAAUGGUGGCACUGUAUGACUACAUAGCUCAGGGUCCAGAGGACCUGGAGUUCAGCGAAGGAGAUACCAUUGACAUCCUGGGAGACGUUAAUGAGGAGUGGCUGGAGGGACACAAUGCAGGACACAUUGGCAUUUUCCCCAGCUGCUUUGCCUACAAGGAGAACGCCAGCAUCACCCAGGGAUCCAUGUAAUAAAAGCAGAAAUUUUACUUUGCUCACUGACUUAAAAUAAACACAAUUGUACUGGAUUAAGUAGCUAGUAUUUCAUAUUACACAGUGUGAUACUUUAUCUACUGGUCUACCUUUUCUGUUUUCUAUAUCCUUUGGGAUCACUGUAAUAAUCCUGUUGUAUCUUCAAAAAUUAAAAUGUUUGUACUCAUACAAGUUUAUGACAUUUUUCAAUGAUGUUUCAGCAUCAUGCUCCUGUAGUAUUUCUACAGGGUUUUAAUGAUACUGGUUGUGGAAAUAUGUGUUGGAAGGCUUCACAAUGGAUGUUGUGAUGUUUCAGAGAGACUUGUAAUGUUGUUGAAACGUUCUCUUAAUGCAGAUACUGUUUUUUUUUUUACAUUGUAAUCUUUCGAUUAUCUUCAAAAGCUGACAAAAAUAAAAGGUUGGAAAAAGGA